AUGGGGUCCAGUAGCAGCAAAGGCACUUCUUCAUCUUGCAGUGGCAGUUUUCGAAAGGGUCGAUCUAGGGGCCAUAGAGGUUUCCCAUCUUAUUGUCUAGGAACAACGUCUGGAUCUCGUGACACUGAUAAUGACGACGACGAGGUUUGUGAUCAGAAUAAAGUAAAUGGAAGUGAUGCUACGUACACCAGUGGCAAUGAAAUAGACUCAGAUGAAGUGAAAACAGAAUCUUUUAGAAAGUUGAAAUCUGAUAAAUCGGAUGAAAUUCCUUGUAUGCCUUCUAACAUUGACCUUGAUGACUGGGAUCACACUGCAUCCAGAACUGGUAGCAGCUCGGCCCAUACUUCUUCAACUCAGUCCUUGAACCCUUCAAGUCGAUUCCUUUCUCGCUUUAGCCUCAUUCCUGGUAAUAUAAGCUUCAGACUUAGCAGAACCACCAGUUUGGGGUCAUCUAGGCCUUGCCCUGCUUCUUCUGCAAGCCUCUCAAUAUUUAACAAUGAAGAUGAGCUCAAUCUGCACUCAGGGCCUCCUGACAGCUUGAUUAAUAGAAAUGAAACUCCACAACAUAGUGACGUGAUUAAUGCAUCUUUUGUUAGUCGAGUGCCUAUACAGUAUCAUGAAGAUGCUUCUAAUAAUUUAAGUUCUAAUACCUCAGCAUUGGGUUUUCAUGGCAACUUGCAGAGCAGUCCCACACUUUCUCCUAUCCAGGAUGUGGAUGGAAAUGGAGAUGGUUCAAGAGAAGUGCCGGAUAUGAGCUUUUUUCCUCGAAGAAUUCAUAAUGAGACAGAAAAUCUUGAGACUAGACAUACUGAUAGACGAAAUGGAGCUCGAGAACCUGUUGAACCUAAUGUUAGUUUUAGCAGAACUUUAAGUGUUGGAAGGCUUCGAGACAGAGUUCUCCGCCGAUCAACAAUAUCCGACUUCACCUUUUGCCCUCUGCAACAGGAGAGAGAAGUGAGAGAUGCUAAUCAGGAUAAUGGAAGACAAGUAUGGGAGAGAGAUACAAGAGUGUUACCAUCUGGUCGUAAUGCUGUAAAUUCUCCUUCUACAUCUGGAUCUCCUCUACCCAGUAUGUCUAGCUCCAUGUUUAGCAACCAAGACUAUGAGCUUGAGACUUCAAGAUCAAGAGAAACUAGGUAUCAGGAUCUACUGGAACAUAGGUCGAAUUUCCUUGAACGGAGAAGAAGAAUACGAUCCCAGGUUCGCGCUCUUCAGCGAUUGGGAAGCCGGUUUGAAAAUCUUUCUGGACAUGACAGAUCGUGUAUCUUGUCCGGUCAACAUAGAAAUGGUCGUUGUACAUGCCGAAUCAUUAGUCGUGAUACCAAUACAAAUGAUGAUACCAAUGCUAGAGCUAGCAUAUCAAGAAUUGUUAUGCUAGCUGAAGCCUUAUUUGAGGUUCUGGAUGAAAUUCAUCAGCAAUCUGUGGUUUUAUCUUCCCGCCCUUCUGUCUCUUCUAUUGGAUCUGUUCCUGCACCUAUUGAAGUUGUGGAAUCCUUGCCUGUGAAAUUAUACACAAAGUUGCACAAACAUCAAGAAGAACCUGUACAAUGCUAUAUAUGCCUUGUGGAGUAUGAGGAUGGAGACAGCAUGCGAGUACUGCCUUGUCAUCAUGAAUUUCAUAGAACAUGUGUAGACAAGUGGCUGAAGGAGAUUCACAGGGUAUGCCCACUAUGUAGGGGGGACAUCUGUAUAUCUGAUUCACUGCCAACAUAGAACAAAAGUGGCAAUUUGUUAAAGUGUUACACAUUCACUAAUGUGACUCUCAGAAGAAGCUCAUUCCUUUCUGCUAGUAUUGUCAUUGUUGUCAAUGAUUAUUUACUCCAAUUUCUGAAUAAACAGCAAACCAUGG